CCGGUGCUUCCGGCGGUUUUAUUGCCGAAAGACUAUCUGGAUUGACCUUAGGAGUGGCCUUUCAUACUGACGGAGUCGAUAGGUGGUCAGUUAAGGUAGUCAAGGACAAGAAGGCAUACUUAGUAUGGCGAGAAGUCUCGUAGAGGAUCCUCAUUUGAUCGGUGGGUUUGGGGCGAUGCUGCGAUGGGCGCAUCUGGUGUAUUUUUGUCCCAAUACUAGGGUUACUGUUACUUGUUAACAAUACUGCGUGUCUACGGUUAUCCCAGGUGGGGGAUGAAAGACAUCCAGGAUGUAGUUCGGUAAAGGCCGGGGGGUGGAGAUCCAAGGGGUGAUCAACAUGGAAAUUCUAUACCCGAUGUACCAUUUCAGGUUUUAGCGGGUUUGAGCGGAGACAUACAUACUAAGUAAUUCAAUCGGCAAUUGCCGUACCCCGGCCAUUGCCGCAUUCCAUAUUGGGCAUCCACCUAGAAGUCGAAUUCACCGCCAACUAGAAAGAUGGAGGCUCAUGAGGGGAGUGCAGAGAAUCAUUCUCAAGUGUGUCCGGAGUGUGGUAUGGACGUACUUCUGGGGACUGGUGGUCAAAAAAAUCUGCUGCGUCAUAUUGGCAAGGCAAGAUGCCGUGAAUCCCAAGAAAAGCGGGAGAAUAAAGUAAAAGCCCAACCACAAGCUGAGUUAAUGGCUUCAUUUUUCAAAAAAAAGGAGUCCGUACACCGCCCAACUGUGGUCCCCCCCGCUUUACUCCAAAGUCUAGCCCCUGAGCCCAUCCAUUCACCCUUGCCAUCAAAACCAAAUCUUCCACACACUGAAGAAGCUCCGAAAAUGCCUAGUCAACCAGACAAAGGACUGCAAUCAGCCAGUUGCUUAUCAAAACUGAGACAUAUUGCGACGAACCUCCCCGAUACUGUCCCACUUGCUGCUCCCUCAGACCCUAUUGCAGCUCUCACUGGUGACCCUAAAGAAAUAGUGGCCACUCGAAAGCUGGAAGAGCCAGAUGAGGAUGUAUAUGAGUGGCUGGAUAAAAAACUCAACAAUAUUUGUGGUGAAUAUGCGAAACGGAAUGGCACCCUAGCAUCAGCCAUUAGACGGGGCCCAAUGGGGUUGCCAGGGCUUUGUGCUACACUCCAAUACUUCACCAACAACAAAUUUGCUUCUGAAGAAAUUCUGGAGAUCCGAAUCAAUAACCUGAUUGAGGAAGCAAAAAAAAUAAUCCCUCUAGAGUCCCAUCCUGCAUCAACAAGGCCCUCCCCAAGGAGACAGGAUAAUACUGUACUCACUCAGCGCAUGUUGCCUUCACCGCAACCUGGUACCAAACACCUCCCAUUUCUCCUGGACUCUGAUGAGGACAGCGACUCACCUCCCCAAAUAAUUGACAACAAGCAUCCAUGCCAAGGAAUCAGAAUUGACGUUCCUGAAGGGAGAAGCCCAUUUCUUGAGUGGCCAUGGAAAGAACAAGCGGAGUUAGCAAUGGCUUGGGACAUCCACACUAAAAAUGGUAUUCUUACCUUGCAUGCUCCCACUUGUCUACAGUUGACACUGCGGGUUAAUGAGCCAUGCCGAGAAUGCCAACUCCUCCAAAACAAUCAAAGACUUUGCCGUAUUCAGGACCGGAUCCACAGAGGCGUCCCCGAGACCACCCCAUAUAAGUACCUUGGGAUGUCUGGAUUAAUCGAAAUUCUCAGGCAGAAAGACCAUCAAAUUGACAGUCUCAAACUUCAAUGUCUUAACACCAAUCGGAAACUGGAUUUGCUCAUGACUUCAAACCUGGACUACAAAAGAUUCGUCAUGGCUGUGGGCGAGUGCAAUGUACCCCGCUUGAAUCAACUUGUGCGGUCCGCGCUACGAAAGAAGCAUGGGAUUAAUGGAAUCAUUCAACUUAUUGGGAGAGCCGCACUUGGAACUUACAGCCCGAGGCACACAGAACAAGAACACCUUAUGAGUGUUGUGCUCUACCGGUUAGGGGGUGCACGCGUUGCAGAGUUUGCACAUGCAGCACUCAGCAUGCCAGGGAUAGCAACAACCCGAUGACACUGCACAACCUCAAUCCGCGCUUCUCCUGCCUUCCCAACCCUUGAUGAAAUGAGAUCAAACAUCGCAACGGCGUUUCAAAUUGAUGCCCCUUCCAAUAAUCAAAUUGUCGGCCUUGUUUGUAUGAUAGAUGAGAUUAAGGUGGAAGAGGUGUUGGACUGGUGCCCGCACACCAACAGUGUGAUCGGCCUUUGUCGAGAGCAUUCAGGGUGUAAUGCACAUGCAAUCAAUAACAUCGAUGAUGCGC